AUGAACGCGGGCUUUGCCGGUUUGGGAUGUUUGAUUGCAUCACAUUCUGGCGACAAUGGCGACGAAGACUCGGGUGAUGAUUGUGAUUCGAGCGUGUCUAAGGACUUCGAUGAAUCACUUGUCGAGGACGAGCCACCCGCUAAGAAAAAGAAACCGAAUGAAUCGGUAAAGAACAGCAAUCCCCUGAUUGCUAAGCUCACAAACACCCUGCAGCUCACCGAGCAAGUGGGGCCCGCCAUCGACGGGAAGCUUGCGUCACUUGCGGGUAAAAUCAUGAGAGAGAACGCUAAUGAAGAGAAAAUAACAGAAUUAAAGAAGCAACGCGAAACCCCCAAGAAUUGUACCAUCUUGUCAGAGACAAUGGUCAAUCAAGGUGUGUGGAACAACUUAGAUGAGUCAGCUAGGUAUACCGACUUAAAGUUCCGAAAGGUGCAGAAAAGCCUAAUUAAAGGGAUAAUAGUAGUCGUGUCAGAGGUGAGUGAGCUAAUGGGCAACUCAGGACUUCAGAAAGAAGAUACUGUAAGUGCCCUUUUGGAUGGGGUAGUUUUUCAGGCAAAUGCCAACCGGGAGUUAAAUUAUCGAUGGAGAAAGCCGAUGAGACCUCAGCUCAAUACAAAUUACAGACACCUUUGCAGCCCGUCAAAUCCAGUCACAGCCGAGCUGUUUAAGGAUUAUCUCCCUAAGGCUGUUAAGGACAUAUCAGACACAAACUGCCUAAGCUCCAAGCUUACCAAAGAUGGCAGGUCUAAUAGCGUUUCAAAAAGUAGCCAACGACACACCACAUUUACUCUUUCCAUGCCAAAAGGUGGCUCUCACAAACAACAAUCAGUCAAGAAACGUCCAGAGCCCCCUAUCCACUUCAGACGGAAACAGGAGGGGAAGAAGAAGAGCGAUUAAGCUCGAACCUUAUGCAGGUUAGUCAUGAAACACAAAAAAUUGCUGGUAGGCUAAGGCAUUUUGUAUCAGCAUGGAUAAGUAUUACAGCAGACCAAAAUAUACUGAACAUUAUGAAGCACUGCCCUUUAGAGAUUGGCAAUCCAACUCAAUCGAGGCUUCGGCCUGAAAUUCAUUUUGAUCCCACUGAGAGAGAAAGAAUUACUUCAGAAAUUGCUCGCCUGCUUGAAUUGGGCGUUAUUGAGCCUGCUGUACACAAUCCAGAUGAAUAA